AUGGAAGAAGUUGUAAUCAUCGUAGGAGCUGGCCCUUCUGGUCUUGCAACUUCUGCAUGCCUGAAUGUUCUCUCCAUCCCCAACAUAAUCCUGGAAAGAGAGGAUUGCUUUGCCUCUCUGUGGAAGAAAAGGUCUUAUGACCGCUUGAAGCUUCAUCUGGGAAAGCAGUUCUGCCAACUUCCUCAUAUGCCUUACCCCCCAGGUACACCUACAUUUAUCCCCAAGGCUGGUUUUCUUCAGUACUUGGAGGACUAUGUAUCUCACUUCCAGAUAAACCCGCGAUACCACCGCUUUGUAGAGUCUGCAUCCUAUGAUAAGGUUGUAGGAAAGUGGCACAUAGUGGCCAAGAACACACUCUCUGAUGAGUUAGAGGUGUACCUAGGGAAGUUUCUGGUGGUCGCCACUGGUGAGAAUAGUGAGGGUCUCAUUCCUAAGAUACCUGGGUUGGACAGUUUUGGAGGGGAGUUCAUGCACUGUAGCGAUUAUAAGAAUGGAAAGAGAUUCACUAACAAAGAAGUUUUGGUUGUUGGAUGUGGGAAUUCUGGCAUGGAGAUAGCCUAUGACUUAUGGGAUCAUGGUGCAAUAACCUCUAUUGUUGUUCGCAACCCGGUACAUGUGGUUACAAAGGAAAUGGUGUUACUUGGAAUGCUUUUGUUGAAAUACAUUCCUUGCAAGGUGGUGGAUUAUGUUACUGUGUCCCUCUCCAAAUUGGUUUAUGGAGAUCUUUCUAGUUAUGGGCUUCCAAGGCCAAGCGAGGGACCGUUUUAUCUUAAAGAUGUAACUCGUUCAUCUCCGGUUAUUGAUGUUGGAACCAUAGAGAAGAUUAAGGAAGGAGAAAUUCAGGUCGUGCCGACAAUAACUAAGAUAGAAGGUGACAAUGUCUAUUUUUCUGAUGGAAAAAUGAACAGGUUUGAUGCAAUAAUCUUCGCUACAGGUUACAAAAGCACUGUUCUAAAAUGGCUUAAGGAGAGUGAAGACCUUUUCAAUGAGGAUGGAAUGCCCAAGAAGAGCUUCCCAAAUCACUGGAAUGGGGAAAAUGGUCUCUAUUGUGUUGGAUUUGCAAGUCGAGGGUUAUUUGGAAUUGCAAGAGAUGCGGAACAUAUAGCCAACCACAUCAGAGGUGUUAUGUCGUGGAAAUAA